AUGUCUCCAAAGCGGAAUCAAAGAUAUCAACAUAAUAAGCGAUUCCAAAGAAAAUCCAACCCUGCUUUUCACCUUCGACAUCAGGACAAUCGAUUUAAUUAUUCUUCACGUCAAGAUAACUUUGAUGAACAAUUCCCAGAAACUAUCUCUGAUGAUAUCUAUGGAACAAACAUUACACCAACAUUUCAUCAGAUGGAUCAAAAUACAUCAAGAUCGUUGAAGAAUUUUGAAAUACGAGGCAACGCCUAUAAUUUCUCGUUAAAUAAUAUAAAUCACUCAAUGGACAGCAUUCAACCCAAUUCAAUAAGUGGGCUACGCAAAGUUUCUGAACUACCUGAUCGAUUUAGAUCAUUAUUUCCCUUCGGCGUCUUUAACAGCAUUCAAUCACAAUGUAUUGAUACCGCCUUAUACACGAAUGAAGAUCUCGUUGUAAUCGCACCAACUGGAUCCGGUAAAACUGUAGUAUUUGAGCUUGCAAUGAUCAAUGUACUUAUGAAUAAUAAUGAUCAUGCAAGAAUGGUGUAUAUGGCACCAACUAAGGCAAUUUGCUCAGAACGGGCACAGGAUUGGUCUCGCAAAUUUCGUCAUAUUGGAAUCACAUGCGGAGAGUUGACCGGAGACACGAACACGGCACAUAUUGCUGAUAUUAAAAAAAGCAACAUUAUGUUCAUUGAUGAAGUUCAUAUAUUGCACGAAGACAGAGGUGCCAUUCUUGAGGCCGUUGUUAGUAGAAUGAAACUCAUGGGAACCUAUAGCAGAUUUAUCGCAAUUUCUGCAACAGUGUACAAUAUUGAAGAUGUUGCAUCUUGGAUCAAUCUUGGUAUUCAGAGUGACAAUAAAUUUCCUCAAAAUAAUGGUAUUUCCUUUAUUUCUCUUAGUGAUCAUGAGUAUCGACCUGUACGACUUUCUCGUCAGGUGUUAUCCUAUCCAUCGGAUGGAAAUGUAUUCAAAUUUGAUAAAUCGUUGAACGACAAACUCCUUGACAUAAUUCAACAAUAUUCUAACGGGAAGCCCUCAAUAGUGUUCUGUAUAACGAGGAGGUCUACAGAAGAAGCGUGUCAGUCUAUCGUUAAAAAACUUAAAAAUAUGCACAAAGAUUUACCGUGGAACAUCAGGCCAAUUGAAAUUACAUUUCACGACAAACAGUUACAAGAAUUCGUAAAAUAUGGUGUUGUUUUUCAUCAUGCAGGACUUCAUAUGCAAGAUCGAAAAAAUAUUGAAUCGAUGUUUUUACAAGGUGCAGUACAUGUUAUAUGCGCAACAUCGACAUUAGCUAUUGGGGUAAACUUGCCAGCUCAUUUAGUCAUAAUCAAAUCAACCAUGGCUUAUAAAAAUGGCGGUUUCACAGAAUAUUCUGACUCAGAGAUUAAACAGAUGCUUGGUCGUGCUGGUCGACCGCAAUUCGAUGAUAGUGGAAUAGCGGUUAUAAUGACAAGCCAUAAUAUGAAACAAAAGUAUGAAGCAUUGGUAACUGGAAUUAAAGAUAAACUCGAGAGCAGCUUGCAUGAAACACUCCACGAACAUUUAAAUUCUGAAAUAUGCCUUGGAACCAUAGAUCAUGUGAACAACGCAAUGAAGUGGAUGAAGUCAAACCCUCAACGAUAUGAUCCAAGAUUUAAAGAAGGAAUUUGUAUGAAUGACUUGAGAAAUCUUGAAAUAUCCGAAAUGAUUAUGAUAAAUAACGAUAAUAUUAGGCCGACUAAAAUUGGCGAAACAAUGGCAAAAUAUAAUAUAAAAUAUCUUACAAUGCAACGCAUAUUGUCAAUAUUUUCAUGGCACCAAAAAAACUCGACAUCAUCAAAAGAAGAAAUUAUAAAAACUUGCUUAGAGAAAGUAUCGCAAGCAGAAGAGUUUAAUGAAGUAAAAUUGCAUCGUCAUGAAAAACUGACGUUGAAUAAGUUAAAUCAGCAUGCAGAUGUUAAAUUUCCCCUUUCUGGAAAAGUGAAAGAUACCAGAGAAAAAGUUUUUAUCAUGAUCCAAGUCGUAUUAGGAAAUGUGCCAUUAGAGGAUUCAUCAACUCGUGUACAGGUCAAUACGGAGUCGAGAGUCAUCGUUCAACAUGGUCAUCGUAUACUGAAAUGUCUUGUUGAAUUAGCAGCAUAUAAAGAGAAUGUUGCGGUUUUGAAAGUUGCAAUAGACUUAGCAAGAUGUAUGAAAGCAAAAAUGUGGAAUGAUUCUCCCUUUAUACUAAAACAACUAGAUGGCAUUG